AUGGCGACGCUCGCGUCCGCGUCGUCGACGCCGACGAGCCGUAGAUCGGUGCUCGUGAAACCACUCGUGGGCGCGGUCGCGUGCGCGAUCCCGCUCGCUCCGCGACGCGUCGACGCGGCGGUUGUUUCUUCGACUGAGAGCUUUGUCAAAGCCAAGGAUGGUUUGAGAUAUUACGACGCCGUCGUCGGGAGCGGACCGGAAGUCUACGCCGAGGACGCGGUGAUCAUUCUCUUCACCGCGCGCGUGCUCGACGCGGCGGACGAGGAGCGGAGACGGGCUGGGGACACGUUCAGUCCUUUCGUGGUCGGCGGCGCGGGCGCUUCGGCGAGCAAAGGCUUCAAGUUCGUCGUCGGCGACCCGACGGGGGAUAUCAUCCCGGGUUGGGAGCGCGCGUUCGAAGGAGAUGGGGUCAUGCCGAGAAUGCGCAUAGGUGGGAAGCGUGUGGUGAGAAUUCCGCCUUCGUUGGCGUACGGAGACGCGGGACAUUUAUGCCGGGACGGCGUGCGAGGCGCGUGCGAAGUGAACCCGAACGAAUCCGUGGAGAUCGCUUUCGAGAUCUUACGCUUCACGUGA